CGAGUGGGUCAGUUGGAAGCCCUGCUCAUCAGCAAGAUCCGGGAGGAGUACCCAGACCGCAUCAUGAACACCUUCAGCGUGGUGCCUUCACCUAAGGUGUCAGACACGGUGGUGGAGCCCUAUAAUGCCACCCUGUCUGUCCACCAGCUGCUGGAAAACACGGAUGAAACCUUCUGCAUCGACAACGAGGCCCUGUACGACAUCUGUUUCCGCACCCUAAAGCUGACCACCCCCACGUAUGGUGACCUCAACCACCUGGUAUCAGCCACCAUGAGCGGGGUCACCACGUGCCUGCGCUUCCCGGGCCAGCUGAACGCAGACCUGCGCAAGCUGGCCGUGAACAUGGUGCCCUUCCCCCGCCUGCACUUCUUCAUGCCUGGCUUCGCGCCCCUGACCAGCAGGGGCAGCAUGCAGUACCGCGCCCUGACGGUGCCCGAGCUCACCCAGCAGAUGUUCGACGCCAAGAACAUGAUGGCCGCGUGUGACCCCCGCCACGGCCGCUACCUGGCAGUGGCUGCCAUCUUCCGAGGCCGCAUGUCCAUGAGGGAGGUGGACGAGCAGAUGCUCAACAUGCAGAACAAGAACAGCAGCUACUUCGUGGACUGGAUCCCCCACAACGUGAAGACGGCUGUAUGCGACAUCCCACCGCGGGGCCUCAAGAUGUCAGCCACCUUCAUUGGCAACAACACAGCCAUCCAGGAGCUCUUCCAGCGCAUCUCUGAGCAGUUCACUGCCAUGUUCCGGCGCAAGGCCUUCCUGCACUGGUACACAGGCGAGGGCAUGGACGAGAUGGAGUUCACUGAGGCCGAGAGCAACAUGAACGACCUGGUGGCCGAGUACCAGCAGUACCAGGAUGCCACUGCUGAGGAACACGAAGAGUUCGACGAGGACGAGGAGGCUUAG